AUGUCCGUUAUGAUCACCACUUCAUCAUCCAUAAUUAUGAGCUCUUCCACAGGCAUGACACCUGUCAAGUUCGGAUGCAAUCGUGGUGCCAUGCAUGAGCAUAAGAAGAUUAAGUUAAAAUAUGCUUCUUGUUGGAGUUUGCAAUUUAAAGCUCCAACAAAGGUAAAUGCUACAAAAGCAGGUGUUGUGGAUUGGAGCAUGGUCGACCCGGAGAAAGAGGGUCCAAACACGGUUUCAGAUCUUCUGCUAGAAAGAAUGAUUCAAGAUGGUUUUAUAUUCCAAGAAAAAUUUUGUAUUAGGGUUUAUGAAGUAGGGCCAGAUCAAAUAGCUACUGUAGAAACACUAAUGAACCAUUUGCUGGAAACAACAGCUAAUCAUAUGAAGAAAGGUGGGCUCAUACAUGAGUGGUUUGGGUCGAAGGAGAUGUUCAAGCACAACCUAACGUGGGUGGUGGCAAAGAUUCAAAUGGUUGUGGAUCGCUAUCCAACAUGGGGUGAUUUUGUUCAGAUUGAUACUUGGAAAGUUGCGUAUGGGAAAAAUGGUGUGUAUUGUAAUUUGACAUUCCGUGAUUGCAAAACAGGGGAGAUAUUAGUAAAAGCUUCAAGCUUUUGGGUAAUGAUGAAUAGCAAGACAAGAAUGUUAUCCGAAAUUCCAAAUGAAAUUCGAGCUAAACUGGAGCAAAUCUAUGUGGAUAAACCCCCUUUAGUCGAACAAGUUACUAGAACAUGGUCAAGAAGUGAGAAGAACAUUAAUGAACACAUUUGCAAAGGUUUAAAGCCAAGAUGGAGCGAUUUAGAUAUUAACAACCAUGUGAACCAUGUGAAAUAUAUUGGGUUGAUCCUUGAGAGUGUUCCAAAGACCAUUAUAGAGAACUACGAGAUUGAUAGCAUUACACUAGAAUACUAUCAAGAGUGUACAAAGGACGACAAACUGCAGUCCUUCACUUCUAUAUUGACGAACGACAAUGACGAAAUAUCUGAUUUUGAAGUUGUUGAUUGCCAACAUUUGCUUCAAUUUGAAAGUGGUAGUAAUAUCAUGAAAGGGGGGACUAGAUGGCGGCUGAAGCAUGCAAAGAGUAAGGACUUAAUGAGCAUCAGUUAG